AUGGAGCAGUAUGAGGUCUUGGAGCAAAUAGGGAAGGGAGCGUUUGGAUGUGCUUUCCUUGUGAGACAUAAGCUUGGGAAGAAGAAGUACGAUCCACUUUUCUUCAGUUAUCUUGUUUCAUUCUAAUCAGAUGUCUCUAUUACUUGAGAGUGAUGUUUCAGCUUGCUAGUUACCUUUGGUACAGUACUGCGUUCUGAUGUCUUACUAUUUCUCUGGUUUGUUGAAGGUAUGUUCUUAAGAAGAUCCGCCUUGCCCGUCAGACUGAGAGGUGCCGGAGAUCAGCACACCAAGAGGUAAGCCGUAGCUUAUUACGUUUUUAUCCACUAUCCAAUUCCUCAAACACACCCUUUCCUUUCUCACUGGCCUAGUGAUUUAACUACCAAACAGACCUCAUUUACCAACCUGGGUACUCAUGAACACUUUCAAUUGACAGCACGCACUCUCUGACAACUUCUGUCAAGUAGACGUACACAGAACUGGAACAUGAAUAGCACAUCUGGGUUUGCAUCUGAAGACGACGAUCCAUUCUGAGAAGGAUGAUCUUUUCUAACGGAUUAGAGAAGCGUAAAUUUUAAAUGAUUAUAUCAUGGUAUUUGUCUCAUUUGAACAGGCCAAAUUUUAUGUGUAAAUUCCUUUCAUCAAUAUCCCAAUAGUCAAUCUAACAGAAAAUGUUGUCACUGUUCCGCAACAGAAUAGUACAUCCAUAUGUAUAAUUUGUUUCCAAAAUCCACUGUUCCGCAAGGAUACAAGUUAUUAGAUUUUGGGUAUCAGAAUUUCGUCGUCUAACGCUUACAACGUGUGGCUUUUUUCACAAUCCAAUCGUCGUAGAAUCAUUUAGUCAGACAUGAUUCUUAUGGUUAUCACUUUGAUAAGAAAUUCCAACGACUACUUUGAGCAAUUAAGUGAUCUCAGACAAAAUGAUAUCGAAAAUUUCAGGCCCCAGAUGGUGAUUCCCUUUCUUUUUCCAUGUAAAUUCUUCUUUUAGUGUUUCGCAUAAGGAAUCAAUCGGGAUUUUCUUCCAAUUGGUUAGGUCAACUUUUAAGUACAGCUCACCGCGCAUGGAACUAGUCAUGGGUUAUAAACACAUUCACAUGUUUCAGACGAGAAGUAGAGAAACUGUUAUUUGACAUAGAUCUGUACUGACUAUUUACGAUGCAAAAUCGUCAUUGUUCUCAGAUGGAGCUCAUCUCUAAAGUCCGAAAUCCAUAUAUAGUGGAAUACAAAGAUUCUUGGGUGGAGAAGGUCAGCAGUAGUCGCAGAUUUAUUUAUUUUUUUCACUUAUCUUCAUGGAGUCAGGAAGAAAGUCUAAGCCCGAAAAUUUUCAAGUUAUUCCUUCCAGGGGUGCUAUGUCUGCAUCAUUAUAGGUUACUGCGAGGGAGGGGAUAUGUAAGCUACUCUUCCUUUUCUCAUGAGAUUCACAGCGAGGAUUUAUGGACCAUUUGCAUCAACAUCCCAUUCUACUGAUGCACAGGGCGGAGGCCAUUAAGAAGGCCAACGGAGUCCUUUUCCCUGAGGAGGUCGCUCAUCUUGGCGGCUGAAUUUAUGUACCACUUCACUUAUACAUAUAGGAAAAUAAAUUAUCUGAUAUUUCUCCAUUAUAAAUAAAUGCGCAGAAGCUAUGCAAGUGGCUCGUUCAGCUCCUGCUGGCGCUCGAUUACUUGCACAAGAAUCACAUCUUGCAUCGGGAUGUGAAGGUCAGUGAAAAUCUAACUCGCCCUUGAGAUCAGCCAGCCUUUAUUUUAUUUUUUUACUGAUAUGCCCUUCCUUCAGUGCUCAAAUAUAUUCUUGACGAAAGGUCAAGACAUACGCUUAGGUCAGUCGAAUCUUCUGACCUGGGAAAGACUAGAAUUUAUCCUUCUUCUUCUUCUUCAUUAAUCGCGUUGUAUUCUUGGCCUCUGUUUGCCCCAGGUGACUUUGGACUGGCCAAAAUGUUGACCUCCGAUGAUCUUGCCUCCUCUGUGAGCUCUCUCGCCCUUUUGGUUUAUUUCAAGCGAUUCAGUGAGCUAAGUUCAGAUAUAUCUAUACAUAGAUAUAUAUACAUAUAUAUAUAUAUAUAUAUAUAGAUGCAUACUAUGGAUAGUAACUGUGACAGAAAAUGAUGCAGGUGGUGGGGACUCCCAGUUACAUGUGUCCAGAGCUUCUUGCCGACAUACCUUAUGGUUCCAAGUCUGAUAUCUGGUCACUAGGUGGGUGGAUUUCUAUUUCUACAGAUGGAAACCAGCCCCUAAACCUUUCAAUCUAAUCCAGUAAAAAGGGAUAAUAAAUGUUGAGUGAAUUAGGUCUUCCAUCUUUCCAGGUUGCUGCAUGUACGAGAUGACUGCAUUCAGGCCCGCCUUUAGAGCCACGGUGACUAGUCUCUCCAUAUCUCAUCAUUUGACUUUCUUGGACUUGUCUUAAAGAUAUCUACUUCCUUUCUGAGAGAUAUCCUAAAAUGGGAGUCCCAUGUUCAUCAUACAUAUUUAUAUAUGUUUAGAUUGUUCACGUGGGCACGAAGAACAUUAGGUAUUUUCCAUUGUGAUGAGAAAGAUUUUCAUAGAAAAAAGUCAACGACUUGUUCAUGGCGACUGUUCUAAUUAAUCACCCCUCCCCUCCCUUUCCUCAUGACCCAGGAUAUGCAAACCCUUAUAAGCAAGAUCAACAAGUCAGCAUUAUCUCCCCUCCCGAGCUCAUAUUCCGGCGCGUUGUGAGCCCAAAUCUAACCUGUCAUAUCUCCUUCCCAACCUCUCUCUCGGGCUCCCCACCCACCCUGAAACUAAUCUCUCUCUCUCUCUCUCUCUCUCUCUCUCUCUCUCUCUCUCUCUCUCUGUGUGGCUAUUUCUGGUUGCAGAAGGGGGAUCAUCAAGAGCAUGCUGCGGAAGAACCCAGAGCUCAGGCCAAGCGUAUCUAGCCUCUGACCAAGCCCACAUACCAGUCAACGGCUUACUCUUAUUCCACAAGUCAAAUGACCGGCUCCGCUGACUCAUCUUUGCAGGCUGCCGAUCUGCUGAGACAUCCCCACCUUCAGCCCUACCUUCUUGAGAAAGCCCACCUCAAGUCCACGUCGGAGAAAGGAGGCCAUGUCGGAGGGGUCGCCGCUGACGGGAGAAGACCGAGUCAACAUUCAUAUGGGCUGGGCUCGAAUGGGCCGGCUCGUCGGCCCAUUCUGGGGAAACUGGGAUCGCCGGAUGUAUCCGUCAACGAGCCGAGGAUAGACAGGAUGGAGUUCCCCCUGGGCUCGUCCGAGGAAGAAGAAGAAGAGUUGGGCUUGCUCUCGAUGGCGGGACCCAGCACCGUUGGGAACGCCUCCAUCACGAAGGACAAGUGUACGGUCCAGAUCAUCCGGGCCAAGGGCCAGGGGGAGAACGAAUCGACGGGGGAGCAUGGCUCGAGCCGUGGAUGCGAGGAUCGUAGGCCCGCGCGGUUCGACAUGACGUCGCAGAGGCAGAGGGCGGAGGCGCUGGAAGGGCUGCUGGAGUUCAGCGCGAGGCUGCUGCAGGAGGAGCGGCUGGAGGAGCUGGGCGUGCUGCUGGGGCCAUUCGGGCCGGGGAAGGUCUCCCCCAGGGAGACGGCCAUUUGGCUCGCCAAGAGCUUCAAGGAGAGCGCGCCGCCCAACAAUCACCAUUGA